GGAGGGGCGCGUGAGUCAUCAGAGAGCGCCGCGACCCGAGCCGGAAGCGAUGGAGAUUUUACCAGGGGAUUCCAUUACAACAUGCCUUUCUCCUUUAGUGCAUGACUUGAUUUGUAACCUUGGGUUUGAACUCAAAGAAAUUUGUGAUAUCAAUAGCAUUGUAACUCAAAAUGGUGAAGUACGAUGGAAAGCAAUUACUGACCGUGUGAGAUAUGAAGAAUUAGGGCGAAGUCUGGACUACAGGAGAAGUGUGCAGCAGCUGGGUCCGGUGUGUGAGGCCAUCCACCUGCAUAUCUCAGCUCUGACCAAAGCUCAGUUUGAAGUUCAGUAUUCGCCGUGGUACCAGUGGACGGCUUAUCCAGAGUUGUUUCUUGAGAUACUUGAUGCCUUGGAAAGCUCAGAGCCUGCUGCCGUCUCCCUCGGCGUGAUGAAACUAGCUUCCUGUCUGGAGCGAGCCCUCGGCGACGUAUUUUUACUGGUUGGGAAAGAGUGCCCCUUUCUCCUAAGAGAUCUUCUUGCAUCUGCAGAGCUUGCACAAGUCUUUGGACAUGCUGUGAUGGACGUACUAAAAGUCUUCAUCGGCUCUCCCUGCGGACUCAACCUGAGAAACGUCUUGUGGCAUGGCUUUGCUUCCCCUCAAGAUAUUCCUCCAAAAUACUGUUCAGCCAUGUUGCUGUUGACGGCAGGACUGGGUCAGUUACUGAAGAGUUACCUUCACCACACAAAAGCCACAUUGGCACAUCGACCUUUUGUAACACUCACAAACUUAGAGGAUGUGAUUGUUUUUCCUGGUGUGACUUACGAGGUACUGUCAACAUUAGAGACAGUGAUGACAAAAUCCAACUUCCUAUUAAAAAUCAUGUUGCCAUAUUGGGAAAUGGCCGUGAGCAAGUUCAAGUCGCGCAGGUUUGCCGACUGCACCAUGUUAUUGCUGUCACAGCUAGAAGCUGGACUCAGGAGACUGUUUGCUGCAGUUAACAAGUGUCCUGAUAGACUGCUCACAGCUGAGGCAACAAUUCUGUAUACCACCUUUGAUGAAAUACUGGCAAAACACAUGAGUGAUGGUAGCAUCAACCAGCUUCCUUGUUUCCUUGGAGAGCCUGCCAUGGAAUUCUUGUGGGAUUUCCUGAAUUAUCAGGAGGGUCCUCGUAUCCGGGAUCGUUUAAGCCAUGGCGAGAUCAACAUACAUGAAUUUCCAGAAGAGGCCGCAGGCCAGCUGCUCACAUUCUCCCUGGUGCUGCUGCUCAGAUUCACUGAGAAGGGGACAGUGUCAGAACUGAAGGAGGAAGCAGCAAUACAGUUGCUGGUUAGGCUUGCAGAAGGAUACAGGUCUCGCUGCCACCCAGCCUUCCAGCUUCAAAAACAGGUGCUGAGCUGUGAGGGAAGCCUCAGGCUGUGGCCUGUGCCGCCUUCGCCAGAAGAGUGUUGUCAGGAAACAGGCAGUUUGGAAGGAAAUUCUGAAGCAUGUGCCUGCAACUCUUUAAUUAGCAAGAUUUUGUGUGAGCUCUGCCACUACCUGCCUGGGAGUGCCUGUGCUAUAAAUGGCUUGGAUGGUCUUCCCUCAGAGAAGUGGUCCCAGCUGCUCAGUGAACUCUGUAGCACACGCAUUCCUACGCUGUUCUGCCCCAGAAUCGUUCUAGAAGUUCUAGUUGUGCUCCGAGGCAUCAACUCCCAGUGCCAGCGCGUAUCUGACCAGGUCACCGCCUCUUUGCAGCUAAGACACAGGCAAUGGGUGGAGCGUCGGUUGCGUUCAAGGCAGCGUCAGAACUAUGUGCGCAUGCUCAGCAGUGUUAGACUUUUGUGUCCCAUGCUUUCCCUGAUCUUGUUGCUCCUUGCACUGGAGUUGGCCAGUGUCCAUGCUGUUCGUGGUAAGGGCGCUGAGGAACAACAGCAGUAUCUGAGGUUUUCCUUGAUCCUUAGCUGGUCUUCUCUGUACAAUUGGAUACUAAGUUUGUGGAUCACAAAAUUGAACCUAGUUUACUAGUGAACCCUCUCAGCUUGCCAGGCUAUAGUUCUGCGCCCAGGUGCAAGCUAAGUGAAGACUAUGGAGAUGGUCUUGCAGGAAGGUCUUGAAGUCAGAGCCAUGAGGCAGAUCCUACCACAUGCAAGUGACCACAAUUGUAUAUAGCUAAGUUUCAAACUUAAGAAUUCUACUUUCCAGCUACAUCCAGAUCAAGGGAAUCUGAAAGUAGGAUAAUCUUUUAACCCUACAUGCAGAGAUCCCAGUGUUCAUGACACCCCUUAGACAGGCUGUACAAAUGGUAUGCUGUGCUCAGUCGACUAUAGCACUGUGAUGCAGCCUUCAUCUAUGUCCACAAGUUUUUCGUAUAUUAGCUGCCUUACAUAUUGUAGCAUCUUAUGGAUUGAAAUAGGGUGUGUAUGAGAGGGGUGUGUGUGUGUGUGUAUGUGUGUGUUUUAGACUAGCCCUGACUCACUGUGUAGACCAGGCUGGCCUUGAACUCACAGAAGUCAGCCUGCCUCUGCUUUUUAAGUGCUAGUAUUAAAAGCAGUAGUUUUAGAUUGAUCUAGGGGAGGAGGCUGUGAGAUGGGGAAUUGUGAAAGUCAAAGGACAGCUCCACCCACUCCUUCCACCUUUCUACGAGCUCCAGGGAUUGAACCCAGGUCACCAGGCUUGCUUGAUGAGUGCUGCGCCUGUUGAACCAUCUCACCUGCUCUGUACUGGUUAGUUUUCAUUGUCAACUUGACGGACCUAGAGUCUCAAAUUUCAUUUGAGGAAUUUUCUGAACAGGUUGGCCUGUGGGCAUGUCUGUCAGAAUUGUCUUGAUUGUUAAUUGAUGUGAGAGAGCCUAGCCCA